AUGGCCAAGAUCAUGAACAAGGCAAUCCUUGGGUUGCUAAACCUGCUGCUCCUGCUCCUACCGCCUUCCCUCCGUGAUUACUUGUGGGCGGCGCCGAGUGAGCACGGGGUGGGUCAGCAGCAGCAGCUCCAGGUCUACCACCCAAUAAUUUUGGUAGCUGGCUUCAGCUGCUCCGACCUCGAGGCGCGGCUCACCGACGCCUACGCUCCGUCACUGCCGCGCUGCGGCGCGCUCAAGGGCAAGGGAUGGUUCCCGCUGUGGAACGACACAAUGGAACUGGUCAACCAUGACUACGUGCCGUGUUUCGAGGAGCAGAUGAGCCUUGUUUUCGACCCUGUCGUCGAUGACUACGUGAACCAGCCAGGCGUCGAGACUCGCGUACCAAACUUCGGCUCCGCAUAUGGAUUCACCGUCAAGAACGAGAGCUCCCCAUUUUGGUGUAAUGUAAAGCUUCGCAAUGAAUUGGAAGGACUCGGAUAUCGAGAUGGAGAUACCCUUUUCGGAGCUCCUUAUGACAUACGACAUGCUCCACCACGGCCUGGGCAGUGCUCCAAGGUAUACACAGACUACUUUGCUCGUGUCAAGGAUCUGGUGAAGCACGCAAGUGAGAAGAAUGGGAACAAGGCAGUUAUCUUAAUCGGUCAUAGCUUUGGCGGCAGGCUCAUGCUUGACUUCCUGAAUUCUACUCCCCCUCUAUGGAGGAAAAAUUUCAUCAAGCACCUGGUUCUACUCUCGCCAACACCUCCUAUAGGCUUCACCGAGACUCUCACGAACCUCGCCUCGGGACCUACCUGCAUUCCAAUGGAGACCAUUCCACGCCUUGCUUUGCGGCCCAUGUGGUGGUCAUUCACAAGUUCACUUCUAUCGCUACCAUCCCCAACGGUGUUUGGCCACGAGCCGCUCAUAAUCACCAAACAUAGGAACUACUCUGCAUAUGACUAUCAAGAUUUUCUUGCAGCACUCGGUUUCAGUGUGAAAGGAACGUUGCCCUUUAAGAAAUGGGUGGAUAAGAGAGUUGAGGCGCCAAUGGUGCCAACGACAUACCUUAGUGGUUUUGGUGUUCAAACACCAAAGCAGGUGGUAUACCGAGACGACAACUUCAAUGUCUACCCCGAAAAUGUGUAUGGCGAUGGAGAUGGGGUUGUCAAUUGGAAUAGUGUGUUGGUAUUCGCCAAGGAACUCAAAAGGCAGCAAUCGCCGGAGAACAUACUAUUUAAAUUCAUCAAGAUUCGUAAUGUUUCACACAGUUAUAUUGCUAUUCAAGACGAUUCUCUCAAGAUAGUUAUAGCUGAAAUUUUAGAAGCCAAUUCUUGAAGAUUCAUGUGUUAUUUAUGUGAUGUCAUCAUCAAGAGUAAAAGAGUCGAAUGAUUUUUGUAUGACAGAUCUCAUAUGGUUAUGUUUG